GCAAGGAAUUCCCUGGAGGUGGCCACAGAGAGGGAAUCCAUGGCUGUGUCACUGGCAGCAGGGCUGUGAACACUCCUGAGUGCUCUGGGGAGAAAACCAAGCAUGGACCUGCGGAACCUCCCCUACCGCUCCGACGUGCUCACCUGGGACCCAGAUGACUUAGCAGAAUAUUUCAGGACGCUAAAGUACAAGGACUGUGAGAAAGUUGUGAGGAAGCACAGCAUAAAUGGACAAAGGUUUUUGAACAUGUCUGAAAAUGAUAUUCAGAAAUUCCCAAAGCUCAGAGUGCCAAUUGUAAGUAAAUUAAGCCAAGAAAUAAACAAAAAUGAAGGGAGGCUCUCUUUCCUUCCAAAAUGGGCCCAAACACAAAAAUCUCCAGAAAACACGGGGUAUGCUCAGGAUGAUGGUGGCUGGUCUUCAUUUGAUGAUGAUGAUGAUGAUGAUGAUUAUGAAAGCCCUGAUGAAGACCAGGAGAAGGAAGAUGAGGCUGACUAUGAAUCACCAACAGAGGAGCCUGAGGAAGCAGAACAUGACAGCGAUGGCUAUGAGCCACCUCCAUCCAAUAAUGAAGAAGCACAUCACAGUGUCAUAUUUCCUGCCAAGUCACUUCCAAGCAGCACAGAUUACAUAGACAGACCUACAACAACGAGAUCAGCACAUCAGCCUCCACAUCAGCCUCCAGUACCGCCCCAGAGACCUGGCCCAGCCUCAUUUGGGGGGAGAAGUGCUACUCUGCCAGCUUUCCCUCCUCCACCAAGCAACAACGACUUGAGUAGAGACAGAAACAUGAAGCCUUUGAAAUCCCCAGCUCCUUCUAUAGACAGAAGCACCAAACCCUCUCUGGAUCGCCUUGCUCCCCCAUACGAAAGAGAAAGCCCAGGAUCAGGGAAGAAACCAGUCAUUCCUGAGAAGCCUCUGGUUUCACAGCUAAGAUCUCUGGGAGAACAGUUAGCAAUGAUGCCAAAACCUCCUGUCCCAUCAAGUGAGAGAUAUGAAAGAGGAAACCCACCUCCUCUAAGGAAGCAAAGCCCUGGAAAGCACAGUUGGCCACCACACAAGAAAAAUGAAGAUGAAGAAGACACUGCCUUGCAAAGACCAGUGCCACAGCUGUCUUUGCCCCCACACAGCUCCAAUGCAUUCCCACCCAAAUCCAUCAGGCCUCCACCUAAGCCAGGAUCCAACAGCAUUCCUGCUGCAGAAAGUGCUAGAAACCUGUCCGCAACUGGCUCUCUACCACCACGCUUCCACCCAGGCAGCAACAGCAGAUCUCCUUCCAGAGGCCCAGCUGACACGAGACCUCCAUUGCCAAUUCCUAGCAGACAGACUGUUCACCAGGCAAACACAGAGCAAGAUGAGCCCCAGGGCUCUCUGAAGGAUGAGUGGUACGUGGCUUUUGUCAGCCGGCCCGAGGCAGAGGCAGCGCUCCGCAGGAUAAACAAGGAUGGAACAUUCCUGGUGAGGGACAGCUCAAGGAAAACAGUGACUCAGCCCUAUGUCCUGAUGGUGCUGUACAGAGACAAAGUCUACAACAUCCAGAUCCGCUACCAGGAGCAGGAACACUUGUACUUGUUAGGAACCAGCUUGAAAGGAAAAGAGGAAUUUUCUUCUGUAGCAGAUAUCAUUGACCACUUCCAAAGAACACCCCUUCUUCUGAUUGAUGGAAAAGACAGAGGUUCAAGAAACCAGUGCAUGUUAAAAUAUGCUGCAGGACAUAUUUAA